CUUACAUUCCACGACUACAUCCGCCAAUGGAUAUCAAGAAGUACUGGUUUAUAUAUUCUGCCUCUCAUCCAUAACAUAUUUCUGCUAUUUGUUUUGUCUCAUAUGCAACAUAUACUUCACACGCGCGAUUCUGGUUACCGUUGGAAGUCGAUUGAAGAAUGAACGUCAUCAUGGCCCACGAUGAUGACUCGGCAUUGGACGCCGUAAACCCAGACAGUCGCACGCCAUUGCUAUCAAACAAUCAGUAUUAUGGUAGCACUACAGAUGCCUCAAAAGAUUUAGAAGAGACGGGUGCCUUACCGGAUGAAAACCUGAGACGAGUAGCAGGCUCGCUCCCCUAUUCUGCGUGGGCCAUUGCGGUCGUCGAACUAUGCGAGAGAUUCUGUUUCUUUGGCAUUCUUGCGCCCAUGCAGAACUACGUCCAGAAUAAGAGAGGUGAUCCGUUGCGCCCUGGUGGCCUAGGAUUUGGACAGGCGCGUGCCACCAUGGUCAAUCAAGCAUUCCUGAUUUGGUGCUUCAUAUCGCCCAUAAUAGGAGCAGUAGCUGCAGACCAAUAUCUAGGGAGAGUGAGGACCAUUGUGUAUUCUUCGAUUGUCUACAUAUCUGGUCUCGUUGUUCUUGUGGGGUCGACACUGGAUGUUGUCCAUGAGGCAGGAUUGUCGUUCGUUGGACUGCUCUUUGCCUUGUUUCUCAUUGGAGGUGGGACGGGUGGAAUCAAGGCGAACGUUAAUACCUUGCUUGCAGAGCAGUAUACGGGGCCUGACGAGGAAAUUCAAGUCACCGAGAGCGGAGAAAAGGUUGUGGUAGACAAGGAGCUUACGAUCCAAAGAAUCUUCCUGCUAUUGUUCAUGAUCAUCAACCUGGGAUCGUUUUCUGUCCUAGCAACAACGACAAUCGAACAAAAAUACGGCUUUACCGCUGCAUUUGCUCUCCCGACCGCAGUCUGUGUCGUGGGAUUCUUGAUCAUGUACGCGACCAAAAGCCGCUACGUAGAAACCCCACCGGACAAUUCGAUCCUCCUGAACGCCUUUCGAGUCCUCUGGAUAGUUCUCCGCAACAAAGGAAACAUCCAUCACGCCAAAUCGGCCCAUCGCCUCACCGACACCGCCUCACCCGCCUACCCCUGGACCGACACCUUCGUCGACGAACUCUCCCGCGCCGCAAAAGCCUGCCGCAUCUUCCUCUUCUUCCCCCUCUACUGGGCCGCCGUAUCCCAAGGCCUCACAAACAUCGUCUCGCAGGGCGCGACCAUGGAAACGCACGGAAUCCCCAACGACAUCAUGCCCAACAUCAACACCCUCGCCUCGCUCUUCAUCAUCCCCCUCCUCGACCGCGUCGUGUUCCCGCUCCUCCGACGCCUCCACAUCCCCAUCGGCCACGUCGACCGCAUCGUCGUCGGCUUCGCCUGCUGCGCAACCGCAAUGCUCUACACAAGCUACCUCCAGUCCCGCAUCUACGCCAGCCCGCCGUGCUUCGACCACCCACGCGCGGAAGACUGCCACGGCGGCAACGUGCCGAACCAGAUAUCGAUCCUCUGGCAGAUCCCGACGUAUGUGAUAGGCGCGCUGUCGGAGCCGUUUGCCGCGGUCGCGGGCAUAGAGUAUGCGUAUGCGAAGGCGCCGAGAUCGAUGAAGUCGAUUGUUAUGGCGUUGAAUUUGUCGAUGGUGUCGGUGGGUGCGUUGGUGGCGAUGGGGUUGGCGCCGUUGACGAGCGAUCCGAAGCUCGUGUGGCUGUAUUUGACGGUUGGGGGUGGGUGCGUGAUCGCGGCUAUUGGGGUGAGGAUGGCGCCUCUGUGAGUGAUUAAGGGGAGGAGGGAGGGUCUUAGAAUCAAGAGGAUAGACGGAGUUGGAUAUUACAUAGGAGAGAGCUUCCUAGAUUUAUAGCUUAGAAAGAUAUACAAG